AUCGCGGUGGCUGUGGGUUAGGUAGGGUGUGAGAAGUUAGUGGCGCUGCUACUGUGAGGGGACGGAGACGGCGUUUCCCCCUCCCCUCCUCCCACGGCUUAAGCUUGGAUCAGCGCGCGAUGCUCACGGACGGCACUGCCGCCCCGACCCCCGCCGGCGAUGAGGAAAUAGACUCGGUGACGCCCCGUGCUGCCCCGGCCGUCGUCGUCGAGGCCUCUACGGCCGGGCCUAACCCGCUAGGGUUGCGGGCCGUGCGCCUCUUUGGAGAGGCUGGGCCCUGUGGGCCGGCAGGGCCGGCAACAACUUCGGGAGAGGCUGGGGCCGCCGCCGCCGCCCUCGACUUUAAACUGGCGGCCGCCGUCCUGAGAAGCGGGGGCGGCGGCGGAUCCGGUAGCGACGAGGACGAGGUAUCUGAGGUUGAGUCGUUUAUUUUGGACCAAGAAGAUUUGGAUAACCCAGUGCUUAAAACAACAUCCGAGAUAUUUUUGUCAAGUGCUGCUGAAGGAGCAGAUCUACGAACAGUGGACCCAGAAACACAAGCAAGACUAGAGGCCUUGUUGGAAGCAGCAGGGAUUGGUAAAUUGUCCACUGCCGAUGGUAAAGCCUUCGCAGAUCCUGAGGUGCUCCGAAGAUUGACUUCUUCUGUUAGCUGUGCGUUGGAUGAAGCUGCUGCUGCAUUGACACGGAUGAGAGCAGAGAACAAUCACAAUGCAGGACAAGUGGACAAUCGCAGUUUGGCAGAAGCAUGCUCAGAUGGGGAUGUAAAUGCUGUCCGGAAGCUGCUGGAUGAAGGAAGAAGUGUAAAUGAACAUACUGAAGAAGGAGAGAGUCUACUUUGCUUGGCAUGUUCAGCUGGAUAUUAUGAAUUGGCACAAGUAUUGCUUGCCAUGCAUGCAAAUGUUGAAGAUAGAGGGAAUAAAGGAGAUAUAACCCCGCUCAUGGCAGCAGCCAGUGGAGGCUAUGUGGACAUUGUGAAACUGCUACUUGUUCAUUGUGCUGAUGUCAAUGCCCAGUCUUCAACAGGGAACACAGCGCUUACUUAUGCUUGUGCUGGGGGAUUUGUUGACAUUGUCAAGGUACUGUUGAAAGCAGGUGCGAAUAUUGAAGAUCAUAAUGAAAAUGGGCAUACCCCCUUAAUGGAAGCUGCCAGUGCGGGCCAUGUUGAGGUUGCAAGAGUACUUCUGGAAUAUGGUGCAGGAAUCAACACUCACUCCAAUGAAUUCAAAGAAAGUGCUCUUACACUUGCUUGUUAUAAAGGUCACUUAGAUAUGGUUCGUUUCUUGCUUGAAGCUGGAGCUGAUCAAGAGCACAAAACGGAUGAGAUGCACACAGCUUUAAUGGAAGCUUGCAUGGAUGGGCAUGUCGAAGUAGCUCGUCUCUUGCUGGACAGUGGUGCUCAAGUGAACAUGCCUGCUGAUUCGUUUGAAUCUCCGUUGACCCUUGCCGCUUGUGGUGGGCAUGUGGAACUAGCAGCUCUGUUGAUAGAAAGGGGGGCAAAUCUUGAGGAAGUUAAUGAUGAAGGCUAUACUCCAUUGAUGGAAGCUGCUCGUGAAGGCCAUGAGGAGAUGGUGGCUCUGUUACUAGCACAAGGUGCUAAUAUAAAUGCGCAGACAGAAGAGACACAGGAGACAGCUCUAACUUUAGCAUGCUGUGGAGGGUUUUCAGAAGUAGCUGACUUCCUCAUUAAGGCAGGAGCCGACAUAGAACUCGGUUGUUCUACUCCUUUGAUGGAAGCAGCUCAGGAGGGACACUUAGAGCUGGUGAAAUACUUACUCGCAGCAGGAGCUAAUGUCCAUGCUACAACUGCAACAGGAGACACUGCCUUGACCUAUGCCUGUGAAAAUGGACACACUGAUGUUGCAGAUGUUCUUCUUCAAGCUGGUGCAGAUUUAGAACAUGAAUCUGAAGGUGGAAGGACACCGCUAAUGAAGGCUGCAAGAGCGGGUCAUCUAUGCACCGUACAAUUUCUUAUUAGCAAAGGUGCCAAUGUUAACCGGGCUACAGCUAAUAAUGACCACACAGUCGUGUCACUGGCAUGUGCUGGGGGCCAUCUUGCUGUUGUUGAGCUGCUACUAGCUCAUGGUGCAGACCCCACUCAUCGUCUUAAGGAUGGCUCAACUAUGCUCAUUGAAGCUGCAAAAGGUGGUCACACAAAUGUUGUUUCCUAUUUAUUGGAUUACCCAAACAACGUUUUGUCAGUUCCAACUACAGACAUGUCCCAACUCACACCACCAUCUCAGGAUCAGUCUCAGGUUCCACGUGUACCAAUGCAUGCGCUUGCCAUGGUUGUACCUCCCCAGGAACCUGACAGAGCUCCUCAAGAGAACUCUCCUGCACUUUUGAACCUACCUAAAGGUACAUCCAAGCAGAAGUCAACUUCCCUUCAGGUAGCAGAUCAGGACCUACUGUCACCUUUUCACCCAUACCAGCCUUUGGAAUGUAUAGUAGAAGAAACUGAAGGCAAGCUGAAUGAACUUGGACAGAGAAUUAGUGCUAUUGAAAAAGCACAGCUUAAAUCAUUGGAGUUAAUUCAAGGUGAACCUUUGAAUAAAGAUAAGAUUGAAGAGCUCAAAAAGAACAGAGAAGAACAAGUACAGAAGAAGAAGAAAAUAUUGAAGGAGCUGCAAAAGGUGGAAAGGCAAUUGCAGAUGAAAACGCAACAGCAAUUUACCAAAGAAUAUUUGGAGACCAAAGGUCAGACAGAGGCACCCCUUACCCAGCAGCAGCCAUGCCCACACACAGGUGUCCUCCCAGAAGUAGAAGAAAAUGAGGGCCUUCCUGGGGAUAACUUUUCAGGGUUAUCGCAGGUUGACAGUGUCCUGUGUAAAGAUGAGCAGCAACAGUCUCCACCAUCUCCUGAGCAAACUGAGUUUGCCCCUCUUCAGCCUUUGUCAACAUCACAGUGUGACUUUUCAAGUAACGUAGGUUGUAAUGGGACAGAUUCUUUUGAACUUCAGAAAGUAUUAGGUAAUCAGCAAACUGUAGGACAGCAGCCAAUUGCUGGACAUGGUCAGGGGCUGUUAGUUCAAGAACCAGACGGAUUAAUGGUUGCCACUCCAGCACAGACGCUUACCGACACUCUUGAUGACCUGAUAGCAGCUGUUAAUAGCAGAGUGCCCACUGGCUCCAAUUCCUCACAUACUACGGAAUCGCCUACACCUGAGCCUUGUUCACAAACACUCAAUGUGACUUCUCAGUCUGUGCUCCCCACAUAUCCGUCUGUUGACAUUGAUGCCCAUACGGAGAGUAACCAUGAUACUGCGCUAACUCUUGCAUGUGCUGGUGGGCACGAAGAGCUCGUCUCUGUGUUGAUAGCACGAGGUGCCAGCAUAGAGCACAGAGAUAAGAAGGGUUUUACACCGCUAAUUUUAGCUGCAACUGCUGGUCAUGUUGGUGUCGUAGAGAUCCUUCUAGACAAAGGUGGAGAUAUCGAAGCACAAUCUGAACGUACUAAGGACACUCCACUUUCAUUAGCAUGUUCUGGUGGGCGCCAAGAGGUGGUUGACCUGCUGCUGGCACGAGGAGCAAACAAAGAACACAGGAAUGUGUCUGAUUAUACACCUCUAAGUCUUGCUGCUUCUGGGGGAUAUGUUAACAUUAUUAAGAUCCUGCUUAAUGCUGGAGCAGAAAUUAAUUCAAGGACUGGCAGUAAGUUAGGCAUUUCUCCUCUGAUGUUGGCGGCUAUGAAUGGCCAUGUUCCUGCAGUGAAGCUGUUACUUGAUAUGGGCUCUGAUAUUAAUGCCCAGAUUGAAACCAAUCGGAACACAGCACUCACUUUGGCCUGUUUCCAGGGCAGAGCAGAGGUGGUCAGUUUGCUUUUGGACAGAAAAGCCAAUGUUGAACAUAGAGCUAAGACUGGGCUCACGCCUCUGAUGGAAGCUGCUUCUGGAGGUUAUGCAGAAGUUGGAAGAGUUCUUCUUGAUAAAGGAGCUGAUGUCAAUGCUCCUCCUGUGCCUUCCUCAAGAGAUACUGCAUUAACAAUUGCUGCAGAUAAAGGCCACUACAAGUUCUGUGAGCUCCUGAUUAAUCGGGGGGCACAUAUUGAUGUUCGCAACAAGAAAGGAAACACACCGCUCUGGUUGGCAGCAAAUGGGGGCCACCUUGAUGUAGUGCAGCUGCUGGUACAGGCAGGAGCCGAUGUGGAUGCUGCGGACAAUCGGAAAAUUACACCCCUUAUGUCUGCAUUUCGUAAAGGCCACGUGAGAGUAGUUCAGUUUUUGGUGAAAGAAGUUAACCAGUUUCCUUCGGACAUUGAAUGCAUGAGGUACAUAGCAACGAUAGCUGACAAGGAACUAUUGAAAAAGUGUCACCAGUGCGUUGAAACAAUUGUGAAGGCUAAGGACCAGCAAGCUGCUGAAGCAAACAAGAAUGCAAGCAUCCUUCUGAAAGAGCUAGAUUUGGAAAAGUCCAGAGAAGAGAGUAGAAAGCAGGCUCUUGCAGCAAAAAGAGAGAAGAGAAAGGAGAAAAGGAAGAAGAAGAAAGAGGAACAGAAACGAAAACAGGAGGAAGAUGAGGAGCACAAGUCUAAGGAAACGCUAGAGCUACAGGAAGAUGAAGAUGAAGAGGAGAAUGAUGAUGAUGUUGAUCAAGAAGUUCCUUUAGAGCCUCCAAGUGCAACCACUACAACUACUAUUGGAAUAUCUGCAACAUCAGCUACUUUCACAAAUGUUUUUGGGAAGAAGAGAGCCAUUGUGGUAACAACUCCCAGCACAAAUAGAAAAAAUAAGAAGAAUAAAACAAAAGACACUCCUCAAAAUGUGCAGAUAAUUUUGCCGGACCAGCAUAUAACUCUAGCUCAGCAAAAAGCAGAUAAAAAUAAAAUCAAUGGAGAGCCAAGAGGUGGUAGUGCUGGUGGGAACAGUGAUUCUGACAACGUAGAUAGCACAGAUUGCAAUAGUGAGAGUAGCAGCGGUGGUAAAAGCCAGGAACUGAAUUUCACUAUGGAGACACACACUUCAGGCGAUCGGCGAUAUGCCUCAGUACUGCUCCCUUCUCAGGAAGACAAGACUAACACCUCAGUUUCCAAAGUGCAAACCAGACUUGAAGGUGAAGCUAAUCCAAACUCCUUAACAACAAGUUAUAAAUCUGUGUCUCUGCCUCUGACGUCUCCAAACAUAAAGUUGAAUCUGACUAGUCCAAAAAGAGGCCAAAAAAGAGAAGAAGGCUGGAAAGAAGUAGUGAGAAGGCAAGUAGGCAGAGUUUUAAAAGACCCUUCACCCAGCAACUCUCUGCAAUCAACACCAAUUGAACAAUUUCAGCUGCAGAGAGGAGGGCGGUGCUGUUCAGGAGCGAAAAGGUCAAAAAAGCUGUCUGUCCCAGCAUCAGUUGUUUCUCGAAUAAUGGGAAGAGGUGGGUGCAACAUUACAGCUAUCCAAGAUGUCACUGGUGCUCAUAUUGAUGUGGACAAGCAAAAAGAUAAAAACGGAGAGAGAAUGAUCACAAUAAGGGGUGGAACAGAAUCAACAAGAUAUGCAGUACAGCUUAUUAAUGCCCUUAUUCAAGAUCCUGCCAAGGAACUGGAAGAUUUAAUUCCUAAAACUCACAUAAGAACGCCUGCUUCCAGCACCAAAUCCAUCCAUACAAAUUUUUCAUCUGGCGUCAAUACCGCUUCAGCUACAAACAAAAGCUCAUUUCCCCUUGGAGCUCCAUCCCUUGUCACCUCACAGUCAUCAACACUGUCUACUUUCCAGUCUGCUAACAAACUAAGCAAGAAUGUCCCAGCAAACGUGCGUUCUUCUUUUCCAGUCUCUCUUCCCUUAGCUUAUUCCCAUCCUCAUUUUGCUUUAUUGGCUGCCCAAACUAUGCAACAAAUUCGUCACCCUCGCUUACCUAUGGCCCAGUUUGGAGGAACAUUUUCAACCUCUCCAAACACUUGGGGACCCUUCCCAGUAAGGCCAGUUAACCCAGGCAGCACAAAUACCUCCCCAAAGCAUAACAGUUCAAGUCGUAUAGGCAACCAGAAUGGCAAUAUUUUGCCGUCUGAGUCUACAGGUUUAGCUUCUAGCUGUCCUGGUACUGUCUCUUCGGUAGUUGCAUCUUCCCAGCCACUUUGUGUGACGAGUAACCGGACUCCAUCAUCGGUCAGAAAGCAGUUGUUUGCUUGUGUUCCUAAAACCAGUACCAUGACAACAGCAAUCUCAACUGUGACAACUACAUGUAGCACACUGCCUUCAGCUUCUGCACCUGAAAACGCAGGGCAUGUUCCCACUACAUUUCUGCCCUCCAGUGUUCCACAGGCACAGCAAUCUGCACUUAAAACAGAUGCUGUUCCUUCUGCCGCAGUACCCAAAGAAAAGGCAUCCACGCCAGAACAAUCUAUUGGAAAUGCAUGUGUGCCAUCGUCAAUUGCUGCUAGCAGCAAUAUUUCAACAGGCAGCAAUUCAGGAGCCCUAGAAGCGUGCACAUCCAGCAGUCCUGCACCUCCAAACAAUGUCCAAGAUGAAACACUGCCAACCAAUAUGUCUGAUUUAAGUCCUCCCAUAUCUAUGCCUUUUUCUUCCAGUUCAGAACCCACUCCAUUAAGCUUAGCUUCACCUAGAUCGGUUGCUACAGAUAAUCAGGACAACGGUAACUUACCUCAGUUAGCUGUACCAGCACCCCGAGUUUCUCACAGAAUGCCGCCUAGAGGUUCAUUUUAUUCAAUGGUACCAAAUGCAAACCUACAUCAAGAACCUCAGUCUAUUUUUGUUACAAAUGCAGUACCUUUAACACCUUCUCAAGGUCCACCUCCUACAGUUCAGCUAUCAUCACCCAUGAACGUUAUGAACGGUUCUCAGAUGCAUAUUAACCCAGCAAACAAAUCCUUGCCUCCUACCUUUGGGCCAGCAACACUCUUCAAUCACUUUAGUAGUCUUUUUGAUAGUAACCAGGUGCCGGCUAACCAAGGAUGGGGAGACUGUCCACUGUCCACACGAGCAGCAGCAGAUCAACCUUUCACUGUCCAGUCUACAUUUAUAGGUAACUCUGUGCUGGGACACAUGGAAAACGUACAUCCUGAUAAUUCGAAGGCUCCAGGAUUCCGGCCUCCUCAGCGAGUUUCAACUAGUCCUGUAGAUCCAUCCAGCAGCUCCUCAAACUCCUCUUCAGCGCCCAUGGCAGGUUUUUCAGCAAAUAUUCAAGGAGCACGGGUUUAUCUUCAAGGGCCAGCACCUGUUGGGACUCCCAGCUUUAACAGACAGCAUUUUUCACCACAUCCUUGGACAAGUGCUACAAAUUCAUGUAGGAGCUUUGGGGGUCUGUCUAAUUCAACUCUUCGGUCUGUUGGUGAAUCUCCUAUUCCAUCAGUUUCCUCGGGAUCAUCUUCACCCCUUUCAGCUGCUUCUGCACCUUCCACCCUGGGCCAACCAAAAUCAGGGAGCACAACUCAAGAUCGAAAGGUGCCACCGCCUAUUGGAACAGAAAGACUUGCUAGAAUUAGGCAAGGAGGUUCUGUCACCCCUACCCCCUUGGGAACCAACUUCACAGCUCCUGUUGGACACAGUGGCAUCUGGUCAUUUGGUGUUAACAACGUUUCAGAAGGUUUGUCAGGUUGGUCCCAGCCUGUAAUGGGAAAUCAUCCAGUACAUCAGCAGCUGUCGGAUCCGGGCACCUUUUCCCAGCAUCAGCCAAUGGAGAGAGAUGAUUCUGGGAUGGUGGCUCCCUCAAACAUUUUCCAGCAGCCUAUGCCGAACAGCUUUGUGGAUUUCUCUAAAGGCCUACCAAUUUCCAUGUAUGGAGGCACUAUAAUACCUUCUCAUCCGCAGCUAGCUGAUGGACCAGGUGGCCCUCUUUUCAAUGGACUGCAUACUCCAGAUCCAGCAUGGAAUCCUAUGAUAAAGGUUGUCCAAAAUUCAACAGAAUGUACCGAUGCUCAGCAGAUUUGGCCUGGUACCUGGGCACCUCACAUUGGAAACAUGCACCUCAAAUACGUCAACUGAUUUAGGAGGGCCUACCUUUCUUUUCUUUUCUUUUUUUUAAAGCCUUGUUUGGAGAAACCUUGGAAGAACUUGGGAAUUUUUUUAAUGUGCCUAACUAAGCAACUUUUUUCUGUGGGCUGUAGCAAGAGAAACUUGUUUGCCCGUUGUGUAAGAACAAAAUGAGUUAUCUAUUCAACUGAUUCUGUUCUCCAGUUAGUUUAGCCAUUUUGAACUCAAAAUCGGAUGAACCUAGUGCUUUUGGCUAAACACUACUGAAUGCUACUCGUAUGCAGCAGAGAACUAGAUGAUUACAUGAUUUCAACCUUUUAGGGUGGUAAAUACAUGUAUAAUUGUUUACAUACUUAAAAGGAAAAACGUUGAGUAAAUUUCAUGUCGUAUAGUGGCUCUACUUUAUGUAGCCUGUAUUAAUGUGAAAUAUUUACCUGAAUAUUCAAUAAAAAGAUGAACAUUA